CCACAGUGUCCAUGUUGCGAUCAGGUCCUCGAUUAAGCCGUCGUCUCCUUCGUCUCCGCCCACUGUUCCAUCACACAUCUCCCUCUCCGUUCCUCCAUCUCCUCACUCCUCCACUCCUCCUAAACCCCACGGCGAGGCAGAGGCAACCGCGCGCGACGCUGCCGACGAUGCAGCGGCACUGCAUCCACGCCGCCCUUCUUCUCGCCGUGGUCGCCACCUCGGCGGUGGCGCCGACGCCGUCCGCGGCGCAAAACCGCACCGCGAACUGCAGCCUUGUGGCCCCGCCCGACGCCGGCGUCAUCCGCGUCGCGUUCGAGGACGUCGCCAACUUCCCCCUGCCGCGCGCGCUCGGCGGCUGGCGGGCGUGCCGCCCCGUGCGGCGGCUCACGUACCCGUCGCGGAACCUCACCGGGGUUGUCCGCUGGGCCGCGCUGGGCAACCUGUCCGGGCUCCUCACCAUCGACCUCUCCGGGAACUCCCUCGAGGGCGACGGCUUCGGGGGCGGUCUGUGGCGCGCGCCGUUGCUCAGGGCCGUCGACGUGUCGCGCAACCGGCUCGGCGGCGCGCUGCGGCUCGAACCGAGCGCGGCGAUGGCGUCGUUCAACGUGUCCGGCAACGGGUUCACCUCCGUCGAUGGCGUCGACGCGCUCGCUGGCCUGGAGGUUCUCGACGUGUCCCGGAACAGGGUCAGCGCCAUGCUGGAGGGGUUGCGGCGGCUGACGAAGAUUAAGCGGCUCGACCUGUCGAGGAACUCGAUGGCCGGGAGGUUUCCCGACGACCUGCCACCGCUGGACGGCGUUGAGUUCUUGGAUAUAUCGGACAACAACUUCUCUGGCGUCGUUAACUCCACCUGGCUCACCAAGUUCGGCCGCUCCGCUUUUCUCAGAGCUGGCAAUGCGUCACUAGUGAUCGAGGACAGUUCGCCGGCGCCGGCACCAGCGCCGGCCACGACGACGCCGUCCAGUGGCGGAAAGAAGCAUAAGCGUGUGGUUCUCAUCGUCGUCGUCGUCGUCGUCUGCGCAGUGGUGACCAUGGGCGCGCUGGCGUUCUUGUUCGGGUGCGUGGCGUGUGGCUUCAACCGUCGGAGGAAGAGAGGGAAGAAGCCGGCAGUGUGGGAGGACGACGAGGUCGCCGUGGGCGCAGUGAAGGUGGCGGCCACGGCGCCGGUGGUGCUGUUCGAGCGGCCGCUGAUGAAGCUGACGCUGGCCGACCUGGCCGCGGCGACAUCGGGGUUCGGUCGCGAGUCGCAGCUCGCCGACGUCGGCGGCCGCAGCGGCGCCGUGUACCGCGCCGUGCUCCCGGGGGACCUGCACGUCGUCGUGCGUGUCGUCGACGGCGCCGUCGCCGGGGCCGGCGGCGAGGGUGAUGACGACGACCCCGCCAUGGCGGCGGCCGGGUUGCGGGAACUUGCACGGCUCAGGCACCCCAACAUUCUUCCGCUCCUUGGCUAUUGCAUUGCAGGAAAGGAGAAGCUCCUCCUCUACGAGUACAUGGAGAAGGGCGACCUGCACCGGUGGCUCCACGAGCUACCAACGAGCAGCAUGGACAUGGAUGACACGGCCGGCGGCGACAUGUGGGACACCACGGAGCAGGGCAGGAAGCUCGCCGGCGACUGGGCUACGCGGCACCGCAUCAUGCUCGGGAUCGCCCGGGGGCUCGCGUUCCUGCACCAGGGAUGGGCAGGAGGGUCGUCGUCGGGGCGGCCCAUCGUGCACGGCCAUCUGGUCCCGACCAACGUCCUCCUCACCGACGACCUGGAGCCGAGGAUCUCCGACUACACGCACCCCGGCGGCGGCGCCGGCGGCGAGACGCCGGAGGGCGACGUGUACGGCUUCGGCGUGCUGGUGUUCGAGCUCGUGACGGGGCAGGUGAGGUGGGACGAGUCGACGGUGAGCUGGGCGCGAGGGGUGAUCCGCAACCGGAAGGGCAUCAACAUCGUCGACGCGAGGCUAAGGGACGGGGAGGAGGAGGAGGAGGGCGGGAUCAACGGCGGAGCGGCGGCGGAGCGGGAGAUGGUGGAGUGCCUGCAGGUGGGGUUCCUCUGCACGGCGCACUCGCCGGAGAAGAGGCCGUCGAUGCAGCAGGUGGUGGGGCUGCUCAAGGACAUCAGGCCGGAGCCCCUUCCUCCUCCUCCUGCCGCCGCCGACGCCGACGAGACGCCAUGAUGGUGCACGCGAGCAUUACAUCAAAAUCCACGAUCAUUCGGAGCCGCGAGGUGCGGUGAUCUUUUAGGUCAGUAGAUAAACAAUGCUUUCUGAGCUCCUCUCGAAGAUUAAAGGCUACGCCAUAUUACAAAUAAAAAAUAAUUUAUUAAUAAAAC